AUGUUCGGGCCGUGGCGCACCCUCACCACCAUGGUCUUCUACCUGCGCCUGGCGCUGGGCCUCGGCGGGCUGCUGGGCAACGGGCUGCUGCUCUGGCACCUGGGCCUGCACGUCCCCAAGGGCCCGCUGGCCGUGUACGCGCUGCACCUGGCGGCCGCCGACCUCCUGUUCCUGGGCUGCCAGGUGGCCUUCGCCGUGGCGCCGGCCCUGCCGGGCGCGCCGGCCACGCUGCCCUUCGCCGUGACCUUCGUGGCCUUCGCCGCCGGGCUCUGGCUGCUGGCGGCCCUCGGCCUGGAGCUGUGCGUGGCCACGCUCUUCCCCCGCUGCCAGGCGGGCUGCCGGCCGCGGCGCAGGGCGGGCGCGGUGUGCGGGCUGCUCUGGGCGCUGACGCCGCCCGCCGUGCUGCUGCCCGCGGACGCCUGCGGGCUGCUGCGGGGCGGCGCCCGCCCCGGGGCCUGCCUGCGGCUGCACGCGGCCGGCGCGGCCUGGCUGGCGGCGCUGGUGUGCGCGGCCUGCGGCGCCGGCCUGGCGCUGCUCCUCCGGGCGGCCUGCUCCUCGCGCCCGCGGCCCCGCCUCCACGGCCCGGUGCUGGGCUCCGCGCUGCUGCUGGCGCUCUGCGGGCUGCCCUACGCCCUCCUCUGGAGCCUGCGGCCCGCGCUCAGCCUGCUGCCCCUCUUCCCGCCGCUCGCCAACCUGCUGGCCUGCGUCCCCGCCGGCGCCCGCCCGCUGCUCUACUGCACCGCCGGCCGGCAGCCCGGCCAGCGCCAGCCGCUGCGGGCCGUGCUGCAGAGGGCCCUGGGGGACGGCGCCCCGCCGGGGCCCGGGGGGCUGGCCCUGCCCAUGGGCACCGUGUAG